AUGAGGAUGUACGGUGAUAGACUCCCUCCUGCUGACAUGCUCCCGAGCAAGGCUGAGCAAGAGAAGAAAGCGCAGGAUGGUAUGAAGAAGCUGAAGACGACGCAAGAGGAGUUGAAUCCGCAGAUGAAGAUGAGGUCGAAGAAUCCAAGCGCUGGGCAGAGCAAGCUGUCAGAGCAGGCUCGCUUCAUGGAAGCAGAGGUGCAGCUGCUGAAGCAGGCCAAGACAUCCAGCCUCGCAGAGCUGGCACGUGAGGCCAAGAGAAUCCACGACGAGGUCAAGAACCACGAUGCUAGCCAAGAUGUAAUGAGCAAGAGUCAACAGGUCCUGGUCAGCCAAUGUAAGCUCUCAGAGGAUGACACCUCCAGCAACUGUGCAGAAGCCAAUGCCGCACUACGCCGGGCUAAUAUAGGCCUCAAGGCUUUGGAUGAGUAUCUCACCAACUACCUGGCAGAGUUCACCAAAGUCUCCGAAGCGCAGAAGGCUGAUAUUGAGGUCACCUUGACAACGCAAGAGGCCAGCUUGUUCCAAGCACAGGCGGACCUCAACAGGCGCAAGGACGAGCUUGCUCAGCUCAAAUCUGAUGUGGUGACAGCCAAAGAGAACGCCAUUCUGGCUGGCAAGGCAGAAUCUGCACUCUCCACCAACUGUGGGCCCAAGGUUUCGUCCAUGGAGGCAACGAUUGCUAGUCGUCAGGAGCAGAUUGAGCAGCUCAAAAAUGCUGUGAAGGUCUUGGACGGACAGGCUUUCGUUUGA